AACAGAGAGACUGUGAGGAAGACCUGGCAAAAGCUGAACCAGCUCUUGCUGCUGCCGAGGAAGCCCUCAAAACACUCAAUAAGAACAAUCUGACAGAGCUGAAGUCAUUUGGAUCACCACCUUCUAUGGUCAGCAAUGUCACUGCUGCUGUGAUGGUGCUCAUGGCUCCAGGUGGGAAGGUGCCCAAGGAUCGGAGUUGGAAAGCAGCCCGAGUGGCCAUGAGCAAGGUGGAUGGCUUCCUGGACUCCUUGAUCCAAUUCAACAAAGAGAACAUACACGAGAACUGCCUCCGAGCCCUGCAGCCCUACCUUCAGGAUGAAAAUUUCAACCCUGAGUUGGUGAAAUUGAAAUCUCAGGCAGCUGCUGGCCUUUGCUCCUGGGUCAUCAAUAUUGUGCGGUUCUAUGAAGUGUAUUGCGAUGUGGAGCCCAAGAGGCAGGCACUCAGCAAAGCGAAUGCUGAGCUUGCUGCUGCUCAGGAAAAGCUGGCUAGCAUCAAGGCCAAGAUUGCGCACCUCAAUGAGAACCUGGCAAGGCUGACUGCCAAGUUUGAGAUAGCUACAGCAGAGAAGGUAAAAUGUCAGAAAGAAGCCAAAGCCACCGCAAAUACCAUCUCCCUUGCAAAUCGCCUGGUUGGGGGUUUAGCCUCUGAGAACGUGAGAUGGGCAGAAUCCGUGAAAGAUUUCAAGCUCCAGGAGAGUGCGCUUUGUGGAGAUGUUUUGCUGAUAACGGCCUUUGUCUCCUACCUGGGCUACUUCAGCAAGAAAUUCAGGCAGGACCUGAUGGACAAUGUGUGGAAACCAUACCUGAACCAGCUAAAAGUUGCAAUCCCCAUCACUCCAUCACUGGACCCAUUGAGAAUGCUGACUGAUGAUGCUGACAUAGCAGCCUGGCAGAAUGAAGGACUACCAGCUGACCGCAUGUCCACUGAAAAUGCCACAAUCCUCACUAACUGUGAGCGCUGGCCACUCAUGGUUGACCCUCAGCUCCAGGGUAUCAAGUGGAUCAAAGCCAAGUAUGGAGAAGACCUCAGAGUGACCCGAGUUGGUCAGAAAGGUUAUCUGGACCUAGUGGAGCAGGCCCUUGCUGCUGGUGAAGUUGUUCUGAUUGAGAACCUGGAAGAAUCAGUUGACCCAGUUCUAGGCCCAUUGCUUGGUCGAGAGACAAUUAAAAAAGGAAGGUACAUUAAAAUUGGAGAUAAAGAAUGUGAAUACAAUUCCAGCUUUCACCUCAUUCUUCAUACAAAGCUAGCAAACCCUCAUUACCAACCUGAGAUGCAGGCUCAGUGCACUCUUAUCAACUUCACUGUGACUCAGGAUGGUCUGGAGGACCAGCUGCUGGCAGCAGUUGUUAGGAUGGAGAGACCUGACUUGGAAGAACUAAAGUCUGAUCUCACAAAGCAACAGAAUGGUUUCAAAAUAACGUUGAAAACUUUGGAGGACAACUUGCUUUCCCGCCUCUCCUCUGCCUCCGGGAACUUCUUGGGGGAUACAGCACUUGUGGAGAAUCUUGAAGUCACCAAACAGACAGCUGCAGAAAUUGAAGAAAAGGUCCAGGAGUCCAAGGUGACAGAAACUAAGAUUAAUGAGGCAAGGGAGCAUUACCGUCCCGCAGCAGCCCGUGCCUCCCUGCUGUACUUCAUCAUGAAUGAACUUAAUACCAUCCAUCCCAUGUACCAGUUUUCCUUAAAGGCAUUCAGCGCUGUCUUUCAGAAAGCAGUUGCAAGAGCAUCUCCAGAUGAAAAUUUACCCGAGCGAGUUGCCAACCUAAUUGAUAGCAUCACCAGCUCUGUGUUCCAGUACACGACCCGGGGGCUCUUUGAAUGUGACAAACUGACAUACAUGACCCAAGUCACUUUCCAGAUUCUUCUGAUGAACAAAGAAAUCAAUGCCGUGGAACUUGACUUCCUGCUACGAUAUCCUGCCCAACCUGGAGUCACCAGUCCUGUGGAUUUUUUAUCAAGCCAGUCAUGGGGUGGCAUCAAGGCACUUUCCUCCAUGGAACAAUUUCACAACUUGGAUCGGGACAUUGAGGGUUCUGCUAAGCGCUGGAAAAAGUUUGUAGAGUCUGAAUGCCCUGAAAAGGAGAAGUUUCCUCAAGAAUGGAAGAAUACAUCUGCUUUGCAGCAACUAUGUAUGAUGAGAGCCUUACGACCUGACCGCAUGACAUAUGCUGUCAGAGAUUUUGUAGAAGAAAAGCUUGGGAGUAAAUAUGUACUAGGAAGAUCUCUGGAUUUUGCAACAUCAUUUGAGGAGUCAAGUCCCGCAAUCCCAAUGUUCUUUAUUCUCUCACCUGGAGUCGACCCCUUGAAGGAUGUAGAGAAGCAUGGGAAGAAACUUGGCUACACAUUUAACAACAGGAAUUUCCACAAUGUCUCUCUUGGGCAAGGGCAGGAGGUAGUAGCCGAACAAACCUUAGACCUGGCUGCAGCGGAAGGACAUUGGGUUAUCCUUCAGAACAUCCACCUGGUAGCCAAAUGGCUGAGUUCCCUGGAGAAGAAGCUGGAGCAGCACAGCGAAGGCAGUCACCCUGAGUUCCGCGUCUUCAUCAGUGCCGAGCCUGCAGCUUCACCUGAAGGCCACAUCAUACCCCAGGGCAUCCUGGAGAACUCCAUCAAAAUCACAAAUGAACCCCCAACAGGGAUGCAUGCCAACCUCCACAAGGCACUGGAUAACUUUAACCAGGACACCUUGGAGAUGUGUUCACGUGAAAAUGAGUUUAAGAGCAUCCUCUUUGCCCUCUGCUAUUUCCAUGCUGUUGUAGCCGAAAGGCGCAAGUUUGGGCCACAGGGCUGGAAUCGAUCCUACCCUUUUAACACUGGGGAUCUCACCAUUUCUGUCAAUGUUCUAUACAAUUACUUGGAGGCUAGUUCAAAGGUUCCUUAUGAUGAUCUACGGUACCUCUUUGGAGAGAUCAUGUAUGGAGGACACAUCACAGAUGACUGGGACAGGCGUCUCUGCAAGACCUACUUGGAGGAGUUCAUCAAGCCUGAAAUGCUGGAGGGAGAAUUCAUGCUGGCACCAGGAUUUCCGCUCCCAGGGAACAUGGAUUACAACAGCUAUCACCAGUACAUAGAUGAUACCUUGCCUGCUGAGUCCCCCUACCUUUAUGGACUCCACCCCAAUGCAGAAAUUGGGUUUUUGACCCAAACCUCAGAGAAGCUCUUCCGUACUGUUUUGGAACUGCAGCCCCGUGACACCAGCCUCGGAGAAGGUGGAGGGGCCACCCGGGAGGAAAAGGUGAAGACCCUGUUGGAUGAUAUCCUGGAGAAGCUCACUGAUGAAUUCAAUAUCCCUGAACUGAUGGCGAAGAUAGAAGAGAGGACUCCAUAUAUUGUUGUUGCUUUCCAGGAAUGUGAACGGAUGAAUUUCCUUACAAGUGAAAUUCGACGGUCAUUGAAGGAGUUGGACCUGGGGCUAAAGGGCGAAUUAACCAUGACUAGUGAUAUGGAGAACUUACAGAAUGCUAUCUUCUUAGACACGGUACCUGAGUCAUGGACAAGGAGGGCUUAUCCAUCCAUGGCUGGUCUGGGUAGCUGGUUUGCUGAUCUUCUGAAUCGCAUCAAGGAGCUUGAGACAUGGACUGGGGACUUCAUGCUCCCAUCUGCAGUGUGGUUGGCAGGAUUUUUCAACCCACAGUCUUUCUUGACAGCUAUAAUGCAGUCUACAGCCAGAAAAAAUGAAUGGCCCCUGGACAAAAUGACACUACAGUGUGAUGUGAGCAAGAGGAACCGCGAGGAUUUCACCAGCGCACCCCGGGAAGGUGCAUGUGUCCAUGGUUUGUUCAUGGAAGGUGCACGCUGGGAUAUGCAGAUGGGGUUAAUUGCUGAAGCCCGGCUGAAGGACCUGACUCCACCAAUGCCCAUUAUCUUCAUCAAAGCCAUCCCAGUUGAUAAACAAGAUACCCGUAAUGUGUACCCAUGCCCUGUAUAUAAAACCCGCCAACGGGGACCAACCUACGUUUGGACCUUUAAUCUGAAGACCAAAGAGAAGCCUUCUAAAUGGGUUUUGGCAGGAGUGGCACUUCUCCUGCAAAUUUAAACUCCCUCACACCACCUUCUUAUUCAAACUUAUUCCUCAGCAAGCAACAGAUAGAUAAGGAAUCAGAGGUAACAAGGCAGGACAAAGAGAUGUUUGAAUAAACCAAAAUGGAAAGCUGAUAGAAUAAAUGGAUUUAGUGAAAAUCAAAUUGAAAUAAUUAAUAAAGACAACCAUUUAUGCC